UCAAGAUAACGUGAUAGUUUAUAAAAGAGACAAAAUUUUGGCAAUUAUAAUCAUUUAGUUUUCUAACGUUGUAUUAGAAAUAAUUGGUGAUAAUUUGCAAAAAAAAGGGUUCCUCACUAUGAAUGAAAUAUAUUUUAUUGCUGUUCUUGUAACAAUAGCAGCAACAAAAACAGUUGACGCAUAUUAUCCAGGCGAAAAGCCAAUACUAUCUGUACCUAUUGAAUGUCCAAAAACAAAUUCAGGACCUGCAGUGCAUAUUGAGGACAAAUCAGAUUGCACAAAAUUUUUUAAAUGUAAUUGGGGCCAAAAAGUUCCGUUUGAAUGUCCAUAUAGUUCUCAAAUUAAAGGAAAAUUACAUUUUAAUAAAUAUUUACAAGUUUGUGAUUGGCCUUGGAAUGCUGGAUGUGAUUUAGCAUCAGAUACUACUAAAAAGCCAACAACUACUACUAAAAAGCCAACAAUAAUUACCAAAAAGCCAACAACAACUACUGAAACGCCAACAACUACUACUAAAAAGCCAACAAUAAUUACCAAAAAGCCAACAACAACUACUGAAACGCCAACAACAACUACCAAAAAGCCAACAACAACUACCAAAAAGACAACAACUACUAAAAUUCCAGAAACUUCCGUAGAAUGCCCCAAAGGAAAAAAAGACCUGAAAAUCCCUGACAAAAAUGAUUGUACAAGUUAUUUUAUAUGUCAUGAUGAUGGCACUUCAGAUAAAGUAAAAUGUGAGGAUGAUACUGUUUUUGAUCCAAGCAGCCUGUUGUGUGAUUGGGACGAUGGAACAAUUUGUCAAAAGCAAUCAUCAACACCAAAGCCAAAUUCUCAAAAAGAAUGUCCCGAUGUCGAUGAUCCUAAUCAUCCAAUAAUUUAUCCACACGAAUGUCAAUGUGAUAUUUAUUAUACUUGUCAAUAUGGUAAACAAAUUAAAGAGAAAUGUCCUGAAAAUCAUGGAUUUGAUGUGAAAAGAAAAAUUUGUCUUCCUAUAUCACAAGUUGAAUGUAUUAAAUUUAAUGCAAAUGAAAAUAAUCAAACUGUAUCAAUUGAUAAACAACAAUUGAAUAAUGAAAAAAAUUCAUUUUUUCAGAAAUUAUUUCAUUGGAAUUAAUAAUUAAUUUUAAUCAUAUAGUUUAUAUUUAUUUUGUUAUAUAAAUAAUACCGAAAUAGUUAUUACCGAAAUAGUUAAUACCAAAAAUAAUUAACUAUAUUGUAAAAAUAUUUAAUAAAAAAAUAAAUAAAUAAGAAAA